GUUAAAUCGAAACAAAUAAAUAAAAGUUAACAACAAAUAUUUACGAUGAGUCAGCGUACUAAAUUCAUCAUAAAUACAUCGGUUGAGUAUUUUGCAGCGCGCAUUCCAGGCACGGAAUUGGAUGAGCAAACAGCAACUAUAUUGGAGUUUCUAGAGCAGGAGGAGCACACGGUUAUCUCGGCCGUGCAUAAUAAAUCCGAUGGCAAAAUCAAAUUUCAGCAUCGCAUACCCAACGAUGAAGUCUGUUUGCUUUUCUACAAGGUGCCGCAGGUGGGAGGCACAGCAGUGGGAGGAGGAGGGGGAGGAGGGGAAGGCGAACCACUGUUGGGCAUAUUAACACUGGAGGGUGGCCUGGUUAAAUCCAUUUACAAUUCCGUUUCACGUGUCUUUUCACCCCAUGCCAGCACCACUUCCCGGGGCAAUGAAUACAGCGCUGAGCUGAGUGGUCUGCUGGAGAAUUUGCAUGUCUCGCUGGGCUCCACUUUGGGAUUACCACAAAGCGGCAUUAGCAGCAUUAAGGAUGAAAUCAAAUACUGGAAGCAGAAGUUGGGUCAAAAGUCCAGUUCCCGCUUAGAUCGCGAAACCGCGCAAAUUUUCAUUGGAGUGCUGGAAAAGAUUGAGCAAAAAAUUGGCUCAAUUGAUAAUGGAAGUAAUCGCAUUGAGGAGUUCCUCGACCAUGCCCACAACAGUCUCGACGAACUGUGGCGUCUGCCCUACAAUUAUCCGCAACAACGUAUGGCCGACUUGUUGGACAUUAUGGGCAAUCGCCUGCUGGAGGCGUGUCUGCUGCAACUGCAUGCCGAGGACAUCUGGAGUCUGGCCUCGUACAAUGUGAACAAUCUGAUGGGACAGUGCAUGGACACAGUGGACGCUUGGAUGCAAUUGUGCGAUUCGUUAACGCGCCUCUUUUGGCCCAACUAUGUGAAGCAUCCGUGGUUGGGGGAACCGCAUGUGCCGCGUCGUGGGCAGCAGUUCAAGGCGCGUCUGGGCGAAAUACGCAGCAUUAAACAGCUGUACAAACAGAUUGCCACGCUGCUCAACGAUGCCGAGUUGCAGGAAAUGUUCCAAGAGCAGGCGGCCUUUAGUGAUUUCAAUAUAUUCGACACCACGCCGCCAGGGCAAAACAAAUGGAAUAAGGCGCUGCAGCAUUUCGAACUUGUGCUUCAACCCAUCGAUGAACGUAUUGCUGCCGCCUUGAAAUCCCAGUUGCAUUAUCAUCUGAGCAAUCCACGCCAGGUCAUCUAUAUAUUCAGCAAGUACGAGAUGCUCAUCCAACGUCCUGCGGUGUUGGAGCUGCUCAGCAUUGAACGCGAACAGUUUUUGCAGUCGUUGCAUCUGCUGUUGCAGGAUUUACGCAAAGCGAUGACGGACACCAACAUGGAACCGGAUACGGGACACUUGUCGGUCAUUUGCAACGAGUGCCGUUGGCUCAAGGUGGUGCAGCAUCAGAUACAGGAGAUUGAGAAGGUUAGCCACUUGAUAAGUGGACGCGAAGGGUUUGAAAAGAUCAACAAAGCGGUGCAGGAGAUCAAGGAGGAGACGGAGUCGCUGUUGCGCACCAACUUUGAAAUCUGGUCGGGACAAUGCUCCACGGCUGUGAAGAGUGGUGAACUAAGACUUCGCGAUGAUCAGGCAGUAGUCAAAUUCGAAAAAGAAGGACGCCAAUUGAUGCGAGUCACCUUCAACCCCAAGCUCGUAACAUUUUGCCAGGAUGUGCGUGAGUUUGAGAAUCUGGGCUACAAUGUGCCUCUCGAGCUGCGUUCCGCGGCCACACACGCAGCCAAGUACAUGUGCUAUGCGCGACGCUUGCAGCAGAUUGCCACCUUUCAUAAUACCAUUGGAGAUCGCAUGAUUCCUUGCCAGCGUCCCAUUAUGCUAAAGAAUGCGCUGGAGUUGCAGCGUCUGGUGCAGAGCGAAACUGUUGCCUGGCAGGAUGAGGAGUCGGUGCAGCGUUAUGUUAACACACUGCAGCAGGCAGUGUCCAAGCUGUCUGCGGAUAAUACGUUGCUUGUGGGUUACCAUGAGCAGGCGAAGCGCACAGUCACCAAACUGAUGGACACAGAUCUGAUGACGCAAAAUCAAGUGUGGAAGGAUGAGCUGCGUCACUUGCGUGAGCUGCUGGCUACCUUGGAGCGUCAGGGUUACACGAAUUUAGAUGCCUUUAAGCUGCACUGGGAUCAUCAGCUGUACAAGGUUCUGGAGUAUCAAUACAUACUUGGCCUGCUCGAUAUGAACAACAAAUUGCCCGAUAUACACAUCAAGUUGGUGUUGCGCCAGCGUGAACUCUGCUACAGUCCGCCGCUGGAGGAGAUUCGUGAGAUUUACUUCUCGCAGCUGCGACGCUUCAUCGAGCGUCCGAGUAAUUUUCAUGGACUCUCCGAGCACAGCGCUGCGUUGUUCCAAUCGAUGGUCACCUUGAAUCGCCAUCACUUCGGACCGUUGUAUGCGCGAGCAGCGGAACUCUUCGAUAAGCUGGAGGAUUUCAAGAGCAUCUGGUUGCCCUGGAUUGCCUUGGGCUGUGUGGACAUCGAGCAAUUGUGUGGCAUUCAUUUGAACGAAGCAGCAGAUUGGGAUCGCAAUUUCCGAGCUUGCAAACAGUUUAGUCAACAGCUGGCGAAGCUGCAGCAAUCGGAGGAAUCCAUCGAUUGCAUUGUGAUCAACGUGCUGUCGCUGCGCACGGACAUUGAGUACUUGAGUCGUCGCUACUGGGAAGCUUUGGCCAACAGCCUGCGCACCUCGAUCCUCAACGAUGUGAGUGUGGUGCAGGAAUUUCUGCAGAAUGCGCUGCAAUUCCUUCAGAAUGUGCCCAUGGAUGAAGGCAGCAUCAGUCAGUCCGGCAUGAAGUAUGAGAAAAUAAUGCAGGAAUUGCCACAAAUUGCCAACACUUUGAUGCUGGUGCGUGAGAAGGAUGCAUGCUUAGCUGGUUGGUGCAAGGAACGUGUGACAGCUUUGGCUGCCAUUAUGUUGCAGUGGGAGCAACUGCAGCCGCUGCUCGAGAAUCAUGCGGUCAUAUUGCAGCGACAGGUGGACAUGAUCAAGACGCAGGCGCACACACAGCUGCAGAAUCUGCGCAAUGAGGCGGAUAAGUUUCUGUUACGUUGGGAAUCCACAAUUGCAGAGCUGGAAUCCAACGAUCAAGCGAGCUUGGAGCUGUUCAAAGAGCGUCGCGAGCACUGGCAACAAUUGCAGACCAAAAAGCAGCAGCUGCUCGACGAAUGCAGCAAAUUCAACAUGGAAUUCCCCGAGGAUGCAUUGGCGCCCUUCACCGCCAUCGAUGAGCAGCUGGCGGAGCAGUCCAAGCAGUGGCAAGUCUACGAUAGCUUUCUGGCCGAACUGCAGCCCAUAUUGCAGGAGGAAUGGGCCAUCUAUAGACGGCGUCCAUAUGUUCUAAACGAGUUCAUUGCACGCUGGGAGAGCUCAGUGCAUGCCUCGAUUGAUCUGCCCUCGAAACGCAUUCGCCAGCAGGUGGAGCGACUGCAGGCGACGUUACCAAUUCUGCAGCAGUUGCAAUCGGAUGCUUUGAGUGAGCGUCAUUGGGCGCACAUCUUUCAGCUGCUAAAACGCAGUCAAACGAAGCCGUUGCAUGCCAUGCUGCUGCAGGACAUCUUGCUGGACAUGGACGCACUGCAAGCGGCGGCACCAGAAAUUAACAGCAUUGUGCGGCAGGCUGCAUCCGAGCAGAUUGUGCGCCAAGCGCUCGUGGAACUUGAUCAAUGGUCGGUAACAGCGCAGCUGAAGCUGAUUGAGCGCACCGAUGCUGCUGGACAGACAAUGUCGCUGAUUAAAGACUAUCAGGAGGUGCUCAACAAGAUUGGCGACAAUCAAUCGUUGCUGCAGUCUGCCAAGAAUUCGGCGGCCUUUGACAGUUUCUCCGAUCAAGCAGGACUUUGGGAGAGUCGUCUGAAUACGCUUGACGUGCUCUUGACUAGCUUAAGUCAUUCACAGCGACGUUGGGUUUACUUGGAGCCCGUGUUUGGCGCUGGCACUUUGCAGCAGGAACACGCUUUGUUCAAGCGCAUCGAUAAGGACUUUCGCUUUGUUAUGCGUGAGAUUCAAAUGGAUUCACGAGUCACUUCACUGCUGAAGAUCAACAACAUUAGCACCAUUGUCAACGCGCUGGAAACGCAACUGGCAAGAUGUCAACAGAACCUAAUGAGCUACAUUACGGACAAACGCAAUUCGUUCCCUCGCUUUUACUUUCUGGGCGACGAUGAUCUGCUCGAGUUGCUGGGACAGGCAGCCAAGGACGCGGAGAUUAUCAAGCGACACAUACGCAAACUCUUUCCCGGCUGUCACAGUCUGGCCAUCGAACAGUCGCCCACAGGAAAACACUAUCGCAUUCUGGCCGUGCACAGCGCUGAUGGCGAUGAGCUGCGUCUAAGCCAAGCCGUUGACAUGACUGGUGACAUAGAGCGUUGGCUCAAUCAACUGAUGCUGACGAUGCAGGAGACGCUGCGCAGUCAAAUCAACGAGUGCUACAACAAUACGAACGGAGCUAGCGACAAUGUGAACGAACAAUUGUUGCAGCGUUAUGUUAGCCAAGUGUUGGUCACAACGCGAGCAUUGCAUUUUACGCGACAGGCGGAAAAAGCCAUUGGCAGCAUGUCGCUGGCGAAGCUGCAACAACAGCUCAAGGCGGAGAUAACCCAUUUGUCGGGAAUGAAACAACGCACGACGACGACAUCGGCGACAACUGGAGGCAGUUUGAUAUGCCUUAAGCUGAGUGCUUUGCUGCUGGAUCUGGUGCAUUAUGUGAGUGUUGUGGAGUUGCUGCAGGCGCAUAAUGUGAUGCAUGCCACCGACUGGCAUUGGCUAAGUCAACUGCGAUAUUACAUGGACAGCGGGAGCGAGAAGCUUCGGGUGCAAAUGGUAUAUGCUGAAUUUGAAUACGCCUACGAGUUUCUGGGGCAUGCCAAUAAGCUGGUGCACACACAGUUGACACACAAGUGUUAUCUCAUACUCACCCAGGCCAUGUACAUGGGACUGGGCGGUAAUCCUUUUGGCCCAGCUGGCACUGGCAAAACCGAAUGCGUUAAGGCAUUGGGCGGCAUGCUUGGACGUCUCGUGUUGGUUUUCAAUUGCGAUGAGAAUGUGGACACUGAAUCGAUGAGUCUAAUCCUCACUGGGCUGGCGCGUUGCGGUGCCUGGGGCUGCUUUGACGAGUUCAAUAGGUUGCAGGAGGCCACUCUAUCAUCCAUAUCAAUGCUCAUUCAGCCCAUCCAAACGGCACUCAAGGACAAGUCGGACACUGUGCAAAUUGGCGAACGAAAGGUGCAACUCAAUCAGCAUUGCGGCAUCUUUGUAACCCUAAAUCCAGCGGGCGGCGAAUACGGCGGCCGCCAAAAGUUGCCCGGCAACAUUCAGGCACUCUUUCGACCGAUUGUCAUGCAACAACCCGAGCCGGGAGAGAUUGCUCGUGUGAUGCUGUUUGUCGAGGGCUUCGCGGCGGCCGCGAAUAUUGCGGAUCGUAUUGUGGAGCUGUUUGAUUUGUGCGGUAAAAUGCUGUCCGCCCAGCGGCACUACGAUUGGGGACUGCGCGAAUUGAAGACGGUGCUACUCGUCUGCGGCGAGGGACUCCGUGCGCAAUUAGCGACGACGUCGUCGUCUGCGUCCGUUAAUGAGCAGCGUGCGGCAAAUAUGGAGCAUGAAAUGCGCAUUGUGGUGCACUGUCUGCGCUCAUCAACCAUGUCCAAGUUGGCACAACAGGACGUUGAACGCUUCGAGAUGCUGCUGUUGAAUGUAUUUCCGGAAAUUGGCAUCACAACGACGCCAUCAACGCCACUGCAACAAGCGCUCGCUGCCGCCUUUGCGCCACUUGGUCUCUCCCCGAACGACCGACAAAUUGAGAAGGCAUUGCAAUUGCAUGAGCAGCUCCAGAAGCGCAUGGGUGUCGUACUCGUGGGUCCGCCGGGUUGUGGAAAGUCAAGCAUUUUGGCGCUGCUGCGUCAGGCAUUGACCGCAACAAUGGGCACUCAAUUGCGCGUCCACACCAUCAGUCCCAAGUCGAUGAGUCGCGUUCAGUUGCUCGGCCGGCUCGAUACGGAUACGCGGCAGUGGCUAGACGGUGUCCUCACCCACACGGCGGUGGUUGUCAAUCAGGAGGCGGCUUACGUGCACUCUUGGAUUGUCUGCGAUGGCAGCAUCGAUCCCGAGUGGAUAGAGGCUCUAAACUCGGUGCUUGAUGAUAACAAGCUACUCACUUUGCCUUCUGGCUGGCGAAUUCAAUUUGGCAACAAUGUCAACUUCAUAUUCGAAACGGACGAUGUGCGUCACGCCUCCCCGGCUACUAUAUCCCGCAUGGGCAUUGUCAACAUGAGCUACGACUAUUAUCCUUUGCAGGAGAUGCUUAAGCACGAGCUGAGCAAGGAGCCUUAUGGCGAUCUACUGCAAAGCUAUGUUGAUGGCAAUUUUCGCAUAGCAGUUGAUUGGCUGGAAGCUGAACAUGUGCUAAGUCAAAUGCCCGGCAUCAGUCAGGUCAGCUUGCUGCGCUCGCUGCUGUUGCAGCUGCACAACAGUCAAUCACUGGAGGAGUACGGAGCUGCGACACUACGAGCACUGCUCGGCUAUGUGCCCAGCGAGCGGCAUCGGGACUUUGCGCAGCUUGUGCUGCAAAGAGCCAAUCUCUAUGUGGCACAACCGAAUCAUGCCGAACUCAGCUACUUUGAGCCGCAACGCAAUGCACUUGAACAGUAUGCAGUGGGCAUGAUUGAACCGCCCGAGCAAGAAAGUCAACUGAUAGUCACAGCGUAUGUGAAAUCCUAUUUGAAUAUCAUAGGUUCAAUGCUGGAAUUGCCCUCUGGCAAGGCGGCGCCUUUCAUGUUGGUCGGACCAAGCGGAGCGGGCAAAACGCUGCUGCUGGAGCAGGCGAUGCUCGAGCAUUCGGGUUAUCAACUGGCCAGCAUCAAUUGCUCCACCCAGCUGACGGCUGGCUAUGUGCUGCACACGCUGCGGACGCACUGCGUCACGGUGAGCGGUGUUCGGGGGCGAGAGUAUCGUGCCAAACAAUCACGUUUGGUGCUGUUCAUGAAGAAUCUGGAUCUGUGUCAACUGGAUGCCUGGGGUGCUUGUGAAAUUGUUGAGUUGCUGUUGCAGCUGGUGCAACGUGGUGGCUUCUAUGCCGACAAUCUGCAAUGGAUUACCGUGAGCGGAUUGCAAAUCUGUGCGUCCAUUAGCGGUAAUUUGCUGAAAAUUGCGCCCCGUUACUUGGCCAUCAAUCAAUACGUGCGCAUCGGCCGACCCACAAACUCCGAUAUGCUGGCCAUCGUCCAGUGUCGCCUCGAGCCGCUGCUCAAUGGACAUUUCAGUAGCAGCAGUAACGGAGGCAGUAUCAAUUUGCAGCAUGUCAGCGAAUGUCUAAUGGAGUGCUUCGAAAAGUUGCAGACGACUUUUACAGCCUCUGGAGGUCAGCAGCAGCAACAGCAGCAGGUUCACUAUCAGUUCAGCCCCAAAUGCAUUAUGAAGUUAUUGCAGUCGCUUCUCUUUUAUCCGCCCACGGACUUCAAUGAGGCUUUGUAUUGCGAGCUAUUGAGCAUGUUCAAGGAUCGACUUGCUAAUGAGCAACAUGUCCAGCAAUUUGAGGCCAUACUCAAGCAGACUAUGCGCAAGUAUUUCGGCAAAGAGAAAGUCUACUUUGUGCCCAAGUCGCCCAAAUCGAAGGGACAACUGCAGGGACUAACCCACGAUGAGUGGCUCGAGGAGGUUCAAAGGCAGAUCACCAUAUGCAAUGCCGAAAGCUACAACAUUGCAGCGCCUAUUACUGAAGAGCUGCUCCAGCAGACAGCCAAGAUAGCUCGCGUUUUGUCCCGCAACGAUGCGCACUUGUUGAUCCUCGCCGAGGCUGGAGAUCGUCACAUGGAUGCCAUCUAUGCAGCUGCUACACUGCAGCAGGCCAAGGUGUUGAGUCUGCAAGGUGGCGUCAGCUACAAUCUCUCGGAUUUCUACAAUGAAUUGAAGUUGGCCAUGCAAACAGCUGCACUGGAGCAGCAGGCAACUUAUUUGUUAAUUGAACACUGCUGGCUGGGCUAUGUGCCGGAUAUAUUGAAGCCCAUUGAGGCGCUGCUUGAGGGCAGCGAGAUACUCGAGCUGUUUGGCGAUGAUCUCGAAUCGGUGGCGAGUACGCUGAAGCAGGCAGCGCAAUUGGAAGGCUAUCAGGAAUCGCUAGGUGCCUACUUUAUGAAGCGCGCACGAGAGCAACUGCAUUUGAUACUAGUCUUAGAUCCAAGCAGUCCUCAGCUAACAGAGUACUUUAGCAGCUGCCCCGCUUUGCAUCGCCAAAUGGAUAUGCUUUAUGUGCGUCCCGAAUCGCGUGAGACACUCGCCAUGCUGCCCAAGCAGUUCAUCGAGCUGCUCAACGAGUCCAGCGUAAGUGCGGGACGUGGCAAAGUUCCCGUUUGCAGUCACUUUGCGGAUGUAGCCGAGGAACUACCUCCGGAGCAGCCUUCGCAUCGUUACUAUCAACUCAUCAGCAGCUAUUAUCACAUGUACAGCAAUGCAGCGGCUGAGAUUGAUCAGCGUUUGAGCAAGCUGCAACUGGGCGUGGAUAAACUAGCUGCUGCUCAUGGUUUAGUGGAUACUUUGAAGUCCAAUGCCGCAGCACAGGAGCAAGCGUUGGGUGAGAAGCGACAGCUUGCGAAUGAUGCGCUGCAAAUGAUAUCGCAGACCAUGCACAAUGCCAACGAACAGAAAUCAAAUAUGCUGGAGCUGAAGCAGCAGACGCAAUCGAGCAGUGAACAACUGAAGCAGCGACAGCGUGAGAUUCAACAAGAACUUGCCGAAGUGGAACCCAUAUUGGCGGAAGCAAGCAAUGCUGUCGGUCAAAUUAAAUCCGAGGCGCUGUCUGAGAUACGCUCGCUGCGUGCGCCGCCCGAGGCAGUCAGAGAUAUUUUGGAAGGCGUCUUGCGACUGAUGGGCAUCAGAGACACCUCCUGGAACAGCAUGAAAACGUUUCUGGCCAAGCGUGGCGUUAAGGAAGACAUACGUUCACUGGACCCCGCUCACAUUAGUCCCGAGAACUGUCAAGCUGUUGAGCGUUUGCUCGAAGCAAAGGGCGAUUCCUACGAAUCGAAGAAUGCAAAGCGUGCCUCAGCUGCAGCUGCUCCAUUGGCUGCCUGGGUGCAAGCCAGCGUGCGCUAUGCUCGCGUCAUUCAGAGCAUUAAACCGUUGGAGCGGGAGCAGAAGCAAUUGCAGCGCAAUCUUAACGAGGCAGAGGAUGAGAUGCAACAGUUAGCCAGCGGAUUGGACGAUGUGGACAAGCGUGUGAAGCAGCUCUCUGAAAAGUUGCAGACCUACACUCAGGAGGCAGCUGUGUUGGAGCUGAAGCUGCAGGAAGCGGGCGCCACUCUGCAGGCAGCGGAGUUGCUCGUAGGCAAGCUGAGUGCGGAGUAUGCCACGUGGAGCGAGCAGCUGGCGGAGUUGAAGCGUGCGCACAAAACGCUGGACAGCAAGAUGCUGCUGCUUGCGCUGGCCAUCAACUACUAUGCGGGCUGGGGCGUGGAACAACGCGGCGCCUCUAUGAAGCGUUUUGGCCAGGAGUUUCGUCUGCCCGCCACCAGCUAUGAACUGCGUCAAACGCUGCUGACGGAGCAACAGCAGAUCAUCUGGGAAAGUCAGGGACUCGCACGGGAUGCACAGAUCAUUGAGAGUGCUGCACUGUUGCGUGAAAUACUGGCGUUGCCCUAUGGCAGUUGCCCUGUGCCGUUGCUGCUCGAUCCCACGCAGACAGCGGGAGCUUGGCUCUCGGCGCAUUUGAAAGCGACGGGAAGAGCGAGUGAAUUGACCACUCAAAGCAACGAGAGACUCGCCUAUCAGUUGGAGUUGGCUGUGCGCUUUGGCAAGACGCUGCUGGUCACCGACUGCGAGCAACUGCGUCCGCCGUUGUUGCAACUGUUGCAGGGACACAUCUACGUGCGCUUCAACAAGCGACAGUUGGCUGUGGGCAGCAAAUUGGUGGAUUUGCAUGAGGAAUUUCAGCUGGUGUUGAUCAGCAAAUCGCAACGAGUGCAGCAAGUGCAGCCGCCGGAGCAACGCGGACAGCUGAAUGUGCUGCGCUUUACGGUGACUGCCACAGGAUUGGCCGAUCAACUGAUGUCCAAGGCAAUCGUGCUGCAGAAUGCGUCGCUGGAACAGCAGCGCAUUGAACUGCUGCAACGCGAAGGCGAACUGCUCAAGCAACGCAUGCAACUGCAGGAUAAACUACUUGAGCAGCUCUCCAAAGCAGAAGGCGAUAUAUUACGCAAUGAGCCGCUGCUCGCCAGUCUCAACGAGGUGAAGCAGAGCAGCGCACAAAUCGAUGCGGCGCUGGAGCAAUCGGGACAGGUGAAGCAGACGCUGCUCGCCGAAUUUGGGGCAUUGCGUGAACUGUGCGUCAAGGCAGCAGAGUUCUAUGCUGGACUCUGUCAGGGUUACGAGUUGUCCGCCUUGGUGUUCAUCGAGCUGUUCUUGGGCGCCUUGCGUGGCCAACAGUUGCCGCAACUCUACGAACGUCUCGUGCGCAGCGUCUACUUGCAGCUGGCGCGUGCCACGCCACGCGAUGGCCAGAUGACGUUGGCCUUGUGGAUCUGCCGGCAGGCUUAUGGCACCGCUGUCGGCGCCAAGGAGUGGGAACUGUUUGUCAGCAAUUUUAUGGUCAGCGCCGAUGGCAGUCAGCUGAGUGGCUUGAGUGGAUUGCCCGAUUGCAUGAGUCGCGAGGCGCAAUUGAAGCUGGCGCAGUUGCUGCAACAGUUGCCUGAGCUGCGUGGACAGCUGCAGCUGGACAAGGAUUAUGUGUGGCGCGGCUUCAUCGAGCAGCAGACGGACGAUGUGCUGCCUGCUGUUAAGUCGCCAUUUCAGCGCGUGCUCUUGGCUCAGAUCUUUCGACCCGAUUUGCUGUUAUCUCAGCUGCGUUUGGCCAGCGGCCAAUUGUUGGGCCUCUCACCAGAGGCGUCAAGUCAACCGAGUGUGCAACAGUUGCUGGAGCAGAGCAGCUGCGAGCGUCCUAUACUGAUGAUCAGUCAACCUGAGCUGGAUCCGGCCAACGAGCUGCGUGCCUUGGCCCACAAAAAGUGGGGCAAUCAAAAGUAUCACGAGCUGGCCAUUGGUCGCGGCAGCGAACAGCGUGCGUUGGCUGCAGUGCGUCAAGCUGCCGCGGCAGGACAAUGGUUGUGCGUCAAGAAUGUGCAUCUGGUGCCCGAGUGGCUAGAGCAACUGGAACGCGAACUCGCCGAGCUGCCGAAAGCCCCAGAGUUUCGUCUGUGGUUGCUAUGCGAAACGACGCGCGGUUUCAGCUCGUCGACGUUGUAUCAAAGGUGCCUCAAGGUGCGCUACGAGCAGCCGCUGGGACUCAAACAGCAGGUGCUGAGCAUGUUGCAGAAUUAUGCCGCCAGCGUGGAGCCACAGAAGCAGCAGCCAGCCAAGUGCCUAAAGAUGCGCCUGGUGCUCUUUUUGCUGCAGGCUGUGUUGCAGCAACGACGUCAGUUUAUACCGCAAGGUUGGUCCAAGUACUAUGAGUUUGGUGAGGCCGAUUUGAAGGCGGCGCUGGGUGUGCUCACUUGGCUGGAUGCACAACUGGCCAACGGACGCUGCGAUUGGACAUUGAUGCAGCGUUUAUGUGAAGCUUUGGCUUAUGGCGGACGCUUGAACAACGAGCGCGAUGUGCAAAUCUUAAGAAGUUAUCUGGCGCAGUUUUGCAGCGCCGAUGUACUGAGCAAUCGAUGGUCGCCGUUGGGAUUAGGCAACACCUUGCCCACCAGCGCACAACUGCAGGAUUACUACACUGCCUUGGAGAAGCUGCCAGCUCAAGAUGAGCCGCGCAUGUAUGGACUGGCGAGUCAGGCGCAGCAGCAGCGUGAAAUUGAGCAGGCGCGGCAAGUGAUUAAACAGUUGCGUGUGGUGCACUACGGAGGCGGAGGUGACGCAGCUGGCGAGGAUGUGACCACGUUGAAUGCACGCCAGCGUUUGGAGCAGCAAGUCAAACCACUGUUGAGUUUAUGGCGCAAAUUGGCUGCCGCUUGCAGCAUAACGCAGACAGCCAAGGAGGCUGAAGUAAUGAGUGCAACGACAAACACAGCAGCAUCACCUUGGACGCUAUUUGUUCACGCCGAGCUUAAGUUGGGCGCACAACUCUACCGAGCAGUGCAUCAGCUGCUUUCCCAACUACACAACUGGCUAAGGGAGUCGACAACGGGACAACAACAAGCGCUAGAACUGGAAGCCACAACGUUGAAGGCGCUGGCUGAACAGCAGGUGCCCAGCAGCUGGCAGAAACUGUGGCAGGGACCCAGCAGCAACAGCGCUGUGGAUUAUAUGCGUGCCUUGAUGGUGCGCGCGACUGCAGCAGAGCAGCGCUAUAAGGAGCAAGUGCAGCUGGCCUUUGGCAUGGAUAUCAACCUAAUGCAUGUGUACAACUGUGAGAAUCUCUUUGCCUGCCUCAAGCUGCAGCAGGCGCAGCAAUUUGGAGUCUCCACACAGCGACUGCAGCUGCAGUGCUUGCAGGGUGGCAGAGACGGGGCGACGACGUCGACGCCACCCGCAACUGCCUUGGUGCUGAAGCUGGCGCCGCUUAAGCUCGAUGGAGACACACAAUCAACGAAUGCCAGCGAAUCGAAUGCAUUUUACAUCACAUACAAAAUUAAAGAUGAGCGCGAGGCGAGCGCACAAAUCGAUAAGUUUAAGAAAAUCGAUCAAUUCGCGAUUCCCAAUCGCAGUCAGACGUCGGAGGAGAAGCUUACUUUACCCCUUUAUUCGAGGGCGAGCAGAGACAAGUUACUUUGCCAACUGGAAGUGCAAUCGAUGGGCGCCACAGCCGAACAGAUUCUUUUAGCUGGAUCUGCAUUAAUUGUUAGCGAUUAUUGAUCAUCCCAGAAAAACGAUUCGAUAACGUAAAUGAAACACGCAACUCCACACCAAACAUAAAUGAAAAGAAAUACAGCCAGAAAGAACAUUUUUCAACAUUCAUAUUUCAAAUAAACUGAAAAUGAUUGGAAAAGCAAAGAAAGUGUGAUAAACACUACUUUCUAUGCUUAUCGAUAAAAGCACAAAAGGAAUUAACAAUCGAUGUCACCAUUUCAAUUUUCUUAUCGAUUUGCAAAACUUAAAUCGGUAAUUUUUUGCAGGUAACAAUGGGAAUCUCGUUUUAAUUUGGAUACGCGCAUUUUUCCCCUUUUUUUAAUUUU